CCGGCAUGCAAAACAGCUGACUCCGAGAUUAAACCAACAAAUCUUGUUCCUCUGAGUGACGGCGAUGCUCGCCGGUCUUUAAAGAGGUACUUGGCCUGAGGUAGCUCUUCCUCGGCGAGGCGAAAACCUACUGCGUGACCAAGUAUUGCGCGACAGGAACACUGAGAAGACGGUGCUUGCUCAGGGCUGAAAGUGGCGGUGCCAUCGCACACCGUCCAUGGCAUGAGGGGCCAUGCUCUCUACCUCCCUGUGCACUAUGGAUUCCACACUCCGGCAUCAGACAUCCAGAUCAUAUGGCUGUUUGAGAGAGCCCACACGAUGCCCAAAUACUUACUAGGCUCUGUGAACAAGUCUGUGGUUCCCGACCUGGAGUACCAACACAAAUUCACCAUGAUGCCUCCCAAUGCCUCUCUGCUCAUCAACCCACUGCAGUUCACUGAUGAAGGCAAUUACAUUGUCAAGGUCAACAUUCAGGGAAAUGGAACUCUGUCGGCUAGUCAGAAGAUUCAAGUCACCGUUGAUGAUCCUGUCACGAAACCAGUGGUGCAGACUCAGCCUUCCUCUGGGGCUGUGGAGCAUGUGGGAAACAUGACCCUGACAUGCCUCGUGGAAAGGGGCACCCGGCUGGUUUACCAGUGGCUAAAAAAUGGGAGGCCUGUUCACACCAGCUCCACUGCUUCCUUUUCUCUCCAAAACAACACCCUUCAUAUUGCUCCAGUGACGAAAGAAGACAUUGGGAAUUACAGUUGCCUGGUCAAGAACCCUGUCAGUGAGAUGGAAAGUGACAUCAUUAUGCCUACCAUAUAUUAUGGACCUUAUGGACUUCGAGUUAAUUCUGAUAAAGGACUAAAAGUUGGAGAAGUGUUUACUGUGGAUAUUGGAGAAGCCAUCUUGUUUGAUUGCUCUGCUGAUUCUUAUCCUCCUAACACGUACUCCUGGAUCCAGAAGACUGACAAUACCACAUAUGUCAUUAAGCAUGGGCCUCACUUAGAAGUUGCAUCAGAGAAAAUAGCCCAGAAGACAACUGACUAUAUGUGCUGUGCUUACAACAAUGUAACUGGAAGGCGAGAUGAAGCUCAUUUCACAGUCAUCAUCACAUCUGUAGGAAUAGAGAAGCUUGCACAAAAAGGGAAAUCAUUGUCCCCUUUAGCAAGUAUAACUGGAAUAUCACUUUUUUUGAUUCUAUCCAUGGGUCUUCUCCUCCUAUGGAAAAAAUAUCAACCCUACAAAGUUAUAAAACAGAAACUAGAAGGCAGGCCAGAAACAGAAUACAGGAAACCUCAAACAUUUUCAGGCCAUGAAGAUGCUCUGGAUGACUUUGGAAUUUAUGAAUUUGUUGCUUUUCCAGAUGCUUCUGGUGUUCCCAGGAUGCCAACUAGGUCCACCCAAGCCUCUGAUGGUGUACCAGGGCAAGAUUUGCACAGUACAAUUUACGAAGUUAUUCAACAUAUCCCUGCCCAACAGCAAGACCAUCCAGAAUUCAAAGCUGUCUACUCCAAAGUGAACAGAACCACAGCAAGGAUUGGCCUCUCACCCAGAGAAGUAAAUCUUGAGCUGAGGCCAAAGCAAGGGAACUACUUAUCCAGUUAACCUCGGGGCUGACACCAAGGAGUCGCCUUCCCUUCCCAGUCAUGGAAAAACUAAGCCUCCAGUCUUUUGAAAUCAUAAAAUGAACUUCCCUUUUUUGUGGUCUCUAGCUGCCUGCAGGUGUAACUGCCACAAAUCAUCUUCCAUCAUUUCUUUAUUUGUCAUUUAUUGACUUUGAGAAGAACAUCAAUAACCACACACAGGAACUUCCCCUUUGGCAAAAGAAACAGUUCUAGCAAAGUAAUUCAUGCACACUUCUGGGUAACUACCAAAAAUAACAGCUAGUAGUGGCUGAGUGCAUGGGAAAUGGUCGGAAGGGGAGGAUACGCAGUCCUGAGGUAGGGGGCAGGUGGAGGGAUGACUGUACAGUCAUUUAGGGCCUAAAUAAUGGCCAGAGCACCUCUGAGGACCCCAUCCGUGCAUUCCUUCUUGUCUCAGGGAGCCUGGAGAAAAGGGAGUCAGGUGAAUCAGGUGCAGACCUUACAGAGCUAACUUCUGGUUUGAAAAGAAAAGAAAAUUGCUUUAUAGCUGUUAUUAAUCUAGUAGAACACAAUAGUGGGAUAUUAUUCCAUAACAGUCAAAAAAAAUCUCUAAAAUGAUACAUACCUUCUUUACUUUCUAGAAAAUGAAGGGAUUCUUUUUCUUUGUCAAAAAUUAGGAAUAGGAAGAAUUAUGAGAGUACAUCUGCUUCC